UCCUGUCUUGCCUUCCCGCUUUCGAAGAGAGACGGUUGUGACGUCAGCGCGCACAGCGUCUUGCCCCGCGAGUGGUGUGUGUAUGAAAGGAACGCCCCGCGCUCUCGGCCAGUCUCUCCUACAGUAACCACACCGUCUGCAAGUCCUCCAGAGCUGUAACCAUGUCAGACGAAUGCAUCGUGAGAGUCCGAGGACUGCCGUGGUCCUGCACUUGCGAGGAGGUGCUGGAGUUUUUCUCAGACUGCGGUAUUGCGGAUGGAGUGGGCGGCAUUCACUUCACAACGUCCAAGGAAGGCCGUCCUAGUGGCGAAGCCUUUAUUGUACUGGAAACAGAAGACGAUCUCAAGAAAGCAUUGGAGAAAGACCGCAAAUACAUGGGCCACAGGUACAUUGAAGUUUUUAAAUCAAACAACACUGAAAUGGAGUGGGUUCUGAAACACAAUUCCAGUGAAGGGGAGUCUGAGACCGACGGCACGGUCCGACUCCGUGGUCUUCCAUUUGGCUGCAGCAAGGAAGAAAUUGUGCAGUUUUUCUCAGGGUUGAGAAUCCUGCCAAAUGGGAUAACAUUGACGAUGGACUACCAGGGGAGAAGCACAGGGGAGGCCUUCGUGCAGUUUGCUUCAAAGGAGAUAGCAGAAAAUGCUCUGGGGAAACACAAGGAAAGAAUAGGGCACAGAUACAUUGAAAUCUUUAAAAGCAGCAGAAGUGAAAUCCGAUCAUCGUAUGAUCCGCCCAGAAGGAUGAUGGGGGGGCAGCGCCCUGGCCCAUAUGACAGGCCAAUGGGAGGUCGUGGUGCUUAUUACGGAGCUGGCCGUGGUGGUAACAUGUAUGAUCGCAUGCGUGGUAGUGGAGGUUAUGGGGGUGGUUAUGGAGGAUUUGAGGAGUACAGUGGGUACAACAACUUUGGUUAUGGGGCAGAUGGUUUUGACGAUCGACUCAGAGAAAGCAGAGGUAUUCCCCAAGGUUACCCUGGAGCUGGAGAUGCAAGCUCAGGUUUUCACAGCGGGCACUUUGUUCAUAUGCGCGGCUUACCAUUCCGUGCCACUGAAAGCGACAUUGCCAAUUUCUUCUCCCCACUUACACCAAUCAGAGUUCAUAUUGACAUUGGAGCAGAUGGUAGGGCCACCGGAGAAUCUGAUGUGGAAUUUGCAACCCAUGAAGAUGCUGUAGCAGCCAUGUCAAAAGACAAAAACAAUAUGCAGCAUCGGUAUAUUGAGUUGUUCCUGAAUUCAACAGCUGGUGGUGGUGCUGGUAUGGGUGCUGGAAUGGGCGCAGGCAUGGGUACAGGAAUGGGAUGUUACGGUCGGGAAGCUCUAGAUGGCGCAGGAUAUGGUGCUGUAGGGAGAAUGGGCAUGACUGGCAACUACAGUGGAUGCUAUGCUAACCCUGAUGGUCUCGGUGGUUAUGGUAAUGAAGGGGGAAUUCUGGAAACAGUGGGGGCUACUUUGGACAGCAUGAGGGCAUGAACACAGCUGGAUGGCGUGGACUAUAUUAAAUGCUUUGUUACAAUGACCGUUGUGUAAGAAGCAGUUCGUUAGUUAUGUUUUUGUGUUUUGCUCUUGUACAGAAUUUGUACAAGGAUGUUGAUCUUAAAAAUUUUUAGUGAGCCGAGUACAGUGGACAUUGUUACUGUAGGAUUUAAUUUGUUUGAAUGCAAACAUUGACUUUGAAUAAAUUUUUUUUAUAAUCA